AGGGUUUUAGUAAAUGGACAUUAAGCGUGUCAGCCCACAGCUCCAAUCUAGCGCCAUUAAGAAAGCAAUAUGAGCGUGGAAGAAGUCCGAAUUGCAACGUCAGCCUGCACUGUCCCGGUGACUGAAGCAGUAUCGCCAUGCAUCCACCCUCAGUCUCCAAACCGUUUCAAUCGGGAAUGCGACGGGAACCUUGUUUUCACCCAUCCAGGAACGGCAAUUGGAACAUGGAUUGGUACCAGCAGUGAUUCUAGAUCUGCAACUGGAUUCAGAACCAGAGACGGAACAGGAGCUGGAAGUGGAUUUGGGACCGGAGAAGGAACUAGAACUGGAACUGGAUUCAGAACCAGUGAAGGAAUUGCAACUGGACCUGGUUCUCAAACGAGGACAGGAACAGCAGCUGGAACUGGAUUUGGAACCGGAGAAGGACUUGGAACUGGACCUGGUUUCAGAACCAGGGAAGGAAUAGGAACUGGAACUAGAUUUGGAACCGGAGAAGGAACUGCAACUGGACCUGGUCCUAGAAGUGGGACACAAACAGCAGCUGGAACUGGAUUUGGAACCGGAGAAGGACUUGGAAGUGGACCUGGUUUCAGAACCAAGGAAGGAAUAGGAACUGGAACUGGGACUAGAUUUGGAACCGGAGAAGGGACUGGAACCAGAGCUGGUUUUGAAGCCAGAGAAGGGACAGGAGCUGGAACUGGAUUCCCAACUGGAGAUGGAAGUGGAACUGGACCUGGAACUGCUUUCGGGAGCAGAGAUGGAACAGGUAGUGGACCUGGAUUUGGAGACACAGAAGUAAUAGCAACGGCACGCGCAGCCAGGGAAGCAACAGGAACAGACGCUGGAAAUGGAAUGCGAGAAGGAACAGGAUUUGCAUGUCAACCUUAUGCUGACAUGAUACUGUGUAUGACAAGCAGGUUCACAGGCUCCGCCAGUUCGCACAGUGGUUGCUGGGUUCUGGAACACGUACCCUACUGCUCUCAUCGCCAUGGACGUGAUCAAGGCAUUGAUGCGCCCUUUUUGCGCUUUACUGAUAUCACAGCUGUCAAGUGGGGAUCGACAGAGGAUGAAUGGGGAGUCGGAGGGCGGUUGACCUCUCUGUGUUCGCAGCAGGAUGCUGGUUCAACCGAGGGCACAUGUGCUCUGAUUCGACUCUCGACUGGGCAUCACAAGGCAGAUGGUGUCUCCUCCAAGGCUUCCAUGUUUGUGCUGGUGAUUGCUGUAGCGGCAGCCCAAGCUGUUGCAGCUCCAGCACGUCAGGAAGAGGAGGCUGGAUUGAAGCCUGGGGAAGAUGAGCGAUCAGGAGGGCAGAGCAGUUUUGGAAGGCAGAAAAAGAGGACGGAAACGAAUGAGAGAGGACUAGGAAACUUCGUGCACGUUCCUCUCCCCACCGCUAAGCUUGCUUGCCAUCCUUAUCGCCGGGUGGCGGCGGCGAAUCGGGAGGAUGACAUUGCGGAGAGGGGUGAAUCACCGCCACCACUGCUUGGCAGUGCGUGCUCUUGUAAGCCGAGCAGGCAUUGUCCGGUAGUCUUGCUGUCUCCCGGAAGUUUCAAUCCGCCGACCAAUUGGCAUUUACGGAUGUUUGAGCUCGCACGGGACGAGCUGGUCUCUCAAGGCUAUGAUGUCCUCGGCGGAUAUUUGUCGCCAGUGAACGAUAGGUACACGAAAAAGGGCCUCGAGUCGGCGGCCCACCGGGCCAACAUGUUGGAGUUGGCGGUUGAGGAUUCUGACUUCCUUAUGGUAGACCAUUGGGAGGUCUCGCAACCGACAUAUCCGAGAACAAUCGAGUUGCUUCGGCGUAUGGAUCGAAUUCUAAAUGGCCCAGAGAACAGAGGGGCAGAGAGAACUCGAAUCGUACUCAUAUGCGGGGCCGACCUCUUGCAGUCCUUCACGAUUCCGGGUGUGUGGAUUGAAGACCAGGUUCGAGAGAUUUUGUCCAGCUAUGGUGUUGUCUGUAUCACUCGGGGAUCGAUCGAUGUUCGCAAGAUCAUCGUGGAGAACGACUUGCUGUACGAAUACCGACGUAACAUCGUGGUCGUUGACGAAAGGAUAAACAAUGGCGUCAGCUCCUCGGAGGUCCGCCGAAGCUUAUCACAUGGCUUGUCCGUGAAGUACCUUGUGCCUGAGCAAGUCCUCCAAUACAUAAAGAAGAACUGCUUGUACUCCUCAUGCUCAGAGUUGGCAGCAGCAAACCAAGCAGCUAGAGAGCAGGCAACAACAGCCAGAGCAGCAGCAAUGGCUAAUGGCGCAGGCUCUGCUGCGUCCUCGUCUGCAUCCUCGUCUGGGACCCAUUUGGGAAUGCCCCUUGGGCCCACGGGUACAAUGAGUUCUGGUCAGUCUAUCAGUCAAAUGGCGGGCUCGCAGUUAAGCCCAUUGACCCCACGCGGCAGGGAGCUCCUAGAGCUCCAACAAGUCGAAAGGAUCCGCGAGCGGUUAGAGAGGGAAUUGAAGCAGGCAACCGAUAGAGAAAGAGAGGUCAAAAAUAGAACAGCCAGGCUUGAUACGUUAGAGGCAGACAAAGCUGCAUUAGAGGGUUUGGAUGAGUCUGGAAUGUCUGACCAGCUCAAAGUAUUGAAGAACAAUAUGAUGUCGUUGCAUGCGCACGUGGACAGCAGAUUGGACUUUAUGCAGAACUCUCUAGACCAGAUCUUGGACUUUUUGCAAAGGCCAAGAAUUAGACCAGCAGCACAGUCGCCGUUGCCGUUAACGGCGAUGUCAGGCCCGUUUCCCGUACAAGCUGGCACACAACCAAGUGGUACGUCUGCAGCAGCCGCACAGACUGUUGCUUCUUCUUCUUCGGGUCCAGCGGUGAUAGCUACACAACCACCGCAACAACCUGUUCCUCAACAGGGACAGACGCAAGGUCAAUGGUACCCUAAGACCCCUAUGAAACCGCCUCUUGCCUUCUCAGGAGAAAAGAAGGACGAGGAACUCAACACAUGGUUGAGAACGGUUCCAGUAUGGGUAAAGGCGAAGAGGACUUUGCAGGAGGAGGAGGUGAUUACUGCUACAUCUUACCUUGAGGGUAAGGCAACCAAAUGGCUGGAUGGUUUAGUUUCAAAGGCCGGGUACAGACGACGGAUGGCGGACUCGGCUAAGACCAUUACGUUUGACCAGUUCUUAGAGAUGGUAGAAGCUCGUUGGCACAAUCCACAACAGGCUCAAAUUGCCACUGAUGCGAUAAACAGACAAGACCAAAGAAAGUUCAAGUCAGUCAGGGAGCUUACGACUACCGUAAAGAGCCUCGCCGUCGUCCCAGGCAUCAACUAUGAUAACCAGUUCCUGUUGGCCACAUAUGUGAGAUGUCUCCCAGAGAACCUCAGGAAUUUGCUGGCCAGCGAGGCUCGCCUCGAGUAUCACUCGUUUGAGACGUUAUCUAGAAAAGCCUUAGAUUUAGAGGCCACUCUAGGAAAUGCUCAACCUUCUCAGAAUGACGCGAGGAAGAAGAAGAGUCCACAGGAAUGGAAGAAGAAGGGGGCUAAAUUGAUGAUGGUUGAGUCCGAUGGGACUCAAACAGAGAUCGAUGAGCUCACCGACCUGUUGGACGUUUCAGAGUUUGACGACGAGGAGAUCGCUGAGGGUAGCACCCUAGCCGCAGUAAUUAAGGCUAAGGCUGGUGGCCGAGUGAAGGACCAUCAAAAGAGUCAAAGGAAGGCCGCCUCCAAUCAGACCAAAGUUGCUGAUUGGGUCAAGGCAGGUCUUGAUCAAGAAGUGUGGCGGGGCCGCCGAGUGCGUGGUGCUUGUAUUAACUGUGGGAAUCAUCCCGAAGCCAAUGGACAAGCCGAACAGAUGAACCGAGUUGUACAACACUUGCUGAGGCAUUACAUCAAGCCCAGCCAGGAUGACUGGGAUGAGAAGUUGCCUCUCAUCGCCAGCCUGUACAACAACGCUGUACACAACAGUACCGGCGUCAGUCCUAAUCAGCUGCACUUGGGAUGGAAGCCUAGAUCAGCUUUAGACUUCCUCCUACCUGAAAACCGAUCCUCUACAACUCCAGGCACACUUGAGUAUGGUGUGCACUAUGAGAAGUUGCUGCAGCAAGCUGUCGAGCACAUCAAGAAAGCUCAGCAAGCAAUGAUUGCUUCUGAGAACAAGCAUCGACGACAAUCCUCAUUUCAGGUAGGGGAACGUGUCUGGGUCAAGGCUAGUGACCUAGGACAGGAAUUCGGGAUCUCUCGUAAACUAAUGCCUCAGUAUUUUGGUCCCUGGGAAGUCCUGGAUGUAGUGGGGGAUGAGAUGGAUGGUCCUACCUAUGUUAUCCGUAUCCCUGGACACCUACGCACUCACCCUGUCUUUCAUGCCUCAAAGCUUGCACCUUUCGCUGAGACAGAUCAAUUCCCUUCAAGGAGAUCGAUGUUGCCCCCAACCAUGGAUGGUCAAGUGGACAUCAACGACAUUGUGGUUCACAGAGAUCUGCCUGUUCAGAAGCCAUUGGGUAGAGGAAGACCUCCAAAACCCAAGCAGGAGUAUCGCGUCAGAUUCAGGCAUCAUACAGAUCCAAAGGAAGAUCGAUGGUUCACCAGAGAGGAACUGAUUGACACAGCUCCUCAAGUGGUGGCAGAGUAUGAGAGAAUGUUAAAAGGGACGGCGCCUGCGAAGUAAGCAUCUCAGCGGACUUUCGAAGCUAAGGGGGAUGGAAUGUGAGGAUUGAGCCCUCAAGAAGGGGCCUUGCCAUGAUGUACCAGCAAGCCUCGUGCCCGCCCUAAGUGAAGGCGGGCCAGCAAAUCAACAAGAGCCCUCUUU